AUGGUUUCCGCCAGCGUCCAGGGUGAAACGAUCUAUCGCCGCGUCCUGUUGAAGGUCAGCGGCGAAUCUUUACAGGGAUCGGGUCCAGAUGCCAUUGAUCCCGAAGCCGUCUCUUAUAUCGCAGAUCAAAUCAUCGAUGCCCACUCCAGGGGCGUGGAAGUGGCGGCUGUGGUUGGUGGCGGCAACAUCUGGCGUGGCUCUGCCGCCGAGCGGAGAGGAAUGGAACGGUCCACCGCGGACUACGCCGGUAUGGUGGCGACCAUCAUCAACGGGCUGGCGUUGCAGGACGCCCUGGAGCGACGGGGGAUCAUCACGAGGACUCAAUCAGCAUUGCCGAUACAGGCAGUUGCCGAGCCAUAUAUUCGCCGUAGGGCCAUCCGCCACCUGGAAAAAGGGCGGGUUGUGCUGUUUUGCGCCGGAUCCGGCAAUCCCUACAUGUCCACCGACACGGCUUCCGCUCUGCGGGCGCUUGAAGUUGGAGCGGAGGUGUUGCUGAUGGCGAAAAACGGCGUCGACGGGGUCUACGACUCUGAUCCCAAGACCAAUCCCGAGGCAGUGCGGUUCGGCAACCUGGAGUACCUGGAUGCGGUCAAUCGCCGGCUGGAGGUGAUGGACUCCACGGCGAUGACGCUUUGCAUGGACAACGAGAUGCCGAUCAUAGUCUUUGAUAUAUUCGAGCGGGGCGCGAUGGGUCGCAUUCUGCGAGGAGAUGUGGUGGGAACGACCAUCGACGACGGCUCCCGGCGCAACGGAUCGUAA